CUGCGAUAAUUUUUAUUUUUCUUACAAUACAAUAUGGCUCAAUCGAAUAUUAAUAGUAUUUUGGAACCAUUCCGCAAGGGAAAUUCCUUUAGUGACUGGGUUGAACGUUUAGGUUUUUUCUUUAAUAUGAAUAAGGUUCUCGAGGGGGAGAAACGAGACCAUUUCAUAACCUUGAGUGGCCCUGUAAUUUUUAGAGAGCUUAAAUUAUUGUAUCCCAACAGCAAUUUAGCUGAUGUUUCUUAUGAAGAUAUGGUUGCUAAAUUAAAGGCACGACUGGACAAGACCGAAUCAGAUCUUGUGCAGCGAUUAAAGUUUAAUGUGAGAGUACAGCAGCCGGAUGAAUCGUUAGAGGAUUUCGUGCUGUCUGUGAAACUUCAAGCGGAAUUCUGUAAUUUUGAAAAUUUCAAAGAAAUGGCUGUUAGGGAUCGCAUUGUAGCGGGUGUUCAUGAUAAAGCUCUUCAGCAAAGACUUUUGAACGAAGAAAAACUUACCUUGCAAACUGCGGAAAAGUUGAUUGCGACUUGGGAAAUCGCUAAAAACAAUGUAAAAAACAUGGAUUAUAAUAAUACUGCAAGUCUAAUAGCUUCGAUGAAACCCAGAGGGAGUCCAAUGGGAUCAAGUAUGCGGAAAUUAGCAACUACUUUUGAACUAGCUGCCAGAUCCAAUGGUAUGACUGGUGCUGAGCAGAACAAGGGUGCAGUUAAGAGCCGGUUAGGUUAUUCACCGUACCAAAGUGAUCAUCGGCAAAAUCAGCAAUGGCAGAGCAGGCACGGGCAGAAUCGGCAAUGGCAAAGUCGUGAACAGGACAAGCAUAGGAAUUAUCAAUCGAGUCGUCGAGAUUACUCGCAGUUUGUAUGCGAUUUCUGCGGUGUCAAGGGACACAUUAAGCGGAAAUGUUUCAAAUUGAAAAACAUGCAAAGGAACGCGGUUAAUAUGGUUAAUACUGAUAAUGCUGAAUCCAACCCAGAUGACAUUUUGAGUGCUAUGGUCAACCGUAUGCGAGCGGAUUCAGAGAGUGAACAUGAUGUGGAUGAUUCAAAUUGGAAACGUGCUAGCUAUGGCGCAUCGCGGUCAACUACGAAUGAGUAAAUGUGAUGGUACUCACGAAAAACCCAAUAUUCGCUUGGUCCGGCAACGGCCGAGGCUAGACAUCAGUGGUACCAGCCAGGAGGAGAUUCACGGGUUCUCAAACGAAGAGAUCCGGUGUAGGAGGAAAAGAAAAAUCAUGGUUGAAAGUUCAACGCAAGAUAUCGAUGAAUUGCCGAAUGGUUUUCCAAGGCGCUCGAAAAGAAUAAGAAGAGCGAAUGUUAACGAAGAUUAUAUUUAUAAUGUUGUUCACAGUUAGUGAUGUCGAAUUAUUGUAUUAGCAUUAGUGAAGAUUCUUGAAUUAUUUAAAAUGGAUUAUAAAUGUAUAUUUGAAUUUUUUGAAACAUGAAGUAAAAAGUCCUGAGAAUAGUUAGAAUUCUGAGCUUCCAAAAGGGGAAGAGCUGAAGUGUUCGUAAUAAUUAUAUAUUUACCUUGACUGGUAUAAUGAGUAAAUUAUAAUCUGAGUGUAUAUUCCGUUUAACGGUCACCAACACAGUUAUGGUGUAAAUGUCAUAACGCAGACGAAGGUCUGAACGAAGCGAGAGAUAAAAA